CAAAUCUCUUUUUUGACAGUUGAUGAGGGCAUCAGCCGAAGGCUGUCUGUUCUUUGAGAACUUGUUUUCGUAAGGUAGUUGUGAGGAAGUGUGCGCCUUUGCUACUUUUAGCUCGACCACAAGACCGUGACAAGACAAGCCAAAACAUUGAACCAACGCCGCAAGGCCAUGGCAUGCAUGUAAACGUAACCAUCAUAAACGCCUUGUUGUUAUAGUCUGUGCUUUCUCGUGGAGUUUGGUGAAAGAAGAAUAAGAGACAAUUGCGAGGGAUCUUCUAUCGUCUUCUUUCAAUCCACUUGACCUGGACCAUACAAGCCAGACGACAAUCACUAAAAGUCGAUCAUCCUUCGCAUUUAUUCUCUACACGAUUGCUGGGACAAAACAAUGGCAUCCUUGGACCGUACUGAUUCUGUUGAAGAAGUAGUGGAUGAACUACCGAGUGUUGUGCAUCAAUCUUUGAAGGAUGCAGACACAAAUGGUGCUACUACGUGUAGUAGGGCAUCCCCUGAUCAUUCUGCAGAAUGUGACCAAGAGAAUGGUGGCAAUCAGGCAAAUUCUCACCUUCCGUGUGAUUCAGCUGAUGUCGACAGAAUACGUAACGAAGGAAAUUCCACAAAUCCAGACGAUCCACCGUCGGAUGAUGAGCACAGCCCAGAUCGAUUAGAACCAAAUGUGUCUUCUUCUAUCAACGACGCAACAGAAGCCUUGUCAGGCCGUGAUUCUUCUUCUGUCAACAACAAUCCACAACAACAAGAACCCAAUCAUCUAUUGUCCGUAGAGUUACUGGGAAAUCCCACAUUCAACCUCCUUCCUCCUGAUUUGCCUUCUGGGUCUUCUCCUCCUUCCAGUGUCGCUUCCUCCAGGGAACCUGGCAUGGACAGCUUUCGACGAUUUGUACGAUCCCGUGCUACGGCUCGAACGAGAACCACGGCAGAGUCGUCCUCCCAAAUAUCCACGCAAAGUCUCGGCGAUGAAGACUUGUUUGUCCUGGCGGGUGGUGAAGACGCUGCAGCCGAAGGCGACAACAAUAGUAAUGAACGUGCUGCUUCCUGGGAUCCCAUUGCAGCAGCACGAACCCAAGCAUCACCAUCGGAGAAUGUACCACCCAUUGUGUGGGAAGAAUCAUCGGAUUCCGCCGAACCAACAGAUGUCAAUCGAGGAGACAGGAGAGAGCCACCCAAUAUUCGACUGCGAGGAUUCUUGCCCGCUGUACGAAGACGGGGCGGGAGACAAUCCAGUAGUGUCCGACGACAUCUCCCUUCCUCGUCCGCAGGGGCGUCCAUGCUGGCGGCGUCUCCAUUGUCCACAACGGCACAAGCCGUGCUAUUUACUUCCUCCCAAGCAUCCAUUGAUUCGAGCACUGAAUACGCCAUUUCUCCUUCCAAUCACAGCCGAUUGCUACGGCGUUCGACAAACACAGCAAUAAGACAAUCUUCGGCAAGUACAUUGGACGAUUCGGCCAUUGCUGCAGCAACAUCACACAUGUCAACAGCAGUCGACAUUGGAGGAGGAGAUGCUCUUAGUAUCAGCUCGGUGGGCUUUUCGGCCAUGGCGCGAUCCGAUCCUGCUGGAAUGGGAGAUAGUGAACGACAAUCCGUGGCACGCAGCAAUAGCAAUCCACCGCAGGCACGAGGACCCGCCGAAGAAACAGCUGGAACUACAAACGGCAAUGCCACUGCUACAAACAAUAAUAAUCCCAACAACAACGACAACAGCAAUAAUCCAGGCGAUCCUCGGCGAGAAGCACGCAUUCGAUGGGUUCGUAUCAAUCAACGCUUUCAGCUCCUGAUCACCUUUGUGGCAAUUCUCUUCAGUCUGCUUUUGUUUUCCAUUCUUAUCAGUUGGAUUGUAUUGACGAGCGCCUAUGUCGUGACAUUUGAAAAGAGCUGCGACGUGCCACUCAAGUUCUUCUACUGGAUGGUCACGCUGCAGCUAGUCCUCGAUGUCUUUCGAAACGAUAUUAUGCGAUAUGCACUGGGAUGGAACCCUGCCACGCAUCCGCCAGGACUGCAUCAAACUAUACCCGCUCGCGUUGUGGCCUACAAUAUUGCCUAUCUGGCUUAUGCAUUGCUGGUGUUGAGAUUGGGCAUCACUUGCGUCUACAUUGAAGGGCAACUACCAGAAAGUACGUGUCGCCAUACAGCACCAGAGCUGUUUCAAUCGUCGCUUGUGUUUGUCACUUUGACACUCUCGGCUUGGACAACAAUCAUCCUUGGGUACCUGGUACCGUUCUGCGCUGUAGUUACCCUCUUGACUUGGAACGGGUACAAUCCCGCGGAGGAUGAUGUUGGUGGUCGAAUGGGAGGGGUCCAAGGUGUCUUCCCGGGUACAUUCAGCACCGGCGCGCCUCCAGGAACCAUUGAUCAGCUACAGGAAAUAGAUUUCAAUGAGUGCGGGGAGAACUGCCCUCAGGAAUGCUGUAUUUGCAUGGAAGACUUUGGCCCGGAUCAGGCCAUUGUGCAAACAGAUUGCGGACACAUCUUGCACAAAAGCUGCUGCAGCGUUUGGUUCCGGCAAGCUCGCACAUGUCCCGUUUGCAGAACGGACAUUCCCAAUGCACUGGCUGAACGAAACAAUCAAGAAGGUGAUGUCGAACAACCGGGUGCAAAUAAUGAGAAUGGUAGUAGUCCCCAGACGCCAGAAAAUGAACCACAGCAACGGCAGCUUCAACUACCCAACCCGGUGCCUGUGAAUCAGAGGACUCCUGUGACACCUCACUUGCCAUUUCGACCUGCAGGACGGCAAGAAGUUGUCACACUUAUCAGAGCGUUGCGGCAGCCGAGGAGAGAACGACGGCCGGCCGAUUCUCAGGGUGCACCAUCGGUAGGAAGUGCAAGUCGAAGGCCAAGUGAUUCUCAAGGUUCCAGAUCUCAGUUGGAGGGAUCAAACCACGUCGAUCCAGUGGAGAUUCGACCCGGACAGGAUACCGACAUUGAGAUCACGGCAUUGAAUAGCGGUAGCGCAUCUACAAGCGAGCACCAACGAGGCGAAAAUAAUGCCAUGGAGCAGGAGGCACAAGUCUAGCUAGCUAGCUACUCGAAAAUGCCAGUGAUUCAUCAUAAGUAACUGUUGCUAUAGCAAACCCCGACGGAAUGAACCGAUACAUGAGAUAGACACGACUUGAAGGCUCUUCAUAUCUCUCCAAGCUCUCGCAGCUUCUGGAUUGCAACCAUGGAUGUCCAGCCGCCAACUAUAUUCAUCUCGCCUUUCGCAAUCAUCUCAUAGAUUUCGGGUACAGUUAUGUUUGGAAUGAUGGUAAUGUCCUCUUCAUCAUCUAAAGGUUUUGGGUUGACUGCAGGGUCAGGAUCGAGCACUAGAAAAGCUUGCACCACUGUGGUCGAAUAUUUAUCCAUGUUUGUAUCAUCAGUCAGCCGUAUCCAGGUUCCCCCCACAAGGUGACACUCCUCUUCGAGCUCAAACUUGGCAGCAUUGAGUAUUGGAUCAACCCCUUCUUCUUCAUGUUUGGUCUCUACCAUUCCCGCGGCUACCCCCGCUUUCAAAGCAUGCGGUCCAGGCAUGUAUUCCUGCACUAAUGUAGCCGUUUUGGUUUUUGUGUCCCAUGCAAAAAUUAGAACUGCCCGAUUCGAUCCAGAUUGCCCAACAAUCUGAAGGACAAGAUGAUAUUCUGUGAGGGCGUCACCGUAUGCAUCCAGCUACCGAUAGCCACAAUGUUCUGCAAGACCUUACAUCAAAAUCUACUUCAUUUCCGUUUGGAAAGCGAACGAUGCGACUUGUCAGAGUUCUCCAUCGACUGUAGAGCACAUCUUCCUUGACAACCUCGUGCUGGGAACUGCCAUCAGAUCCACACCUCAGGGCAAAGAGGAUGGAGCUCCUGGUCUCACCAUGAAGGCCAUGGCAUAACGGUCUAAUGGCUUCCACGCCGCAACUGGAAAGUAUAAACACAAGAAGAAAGCAUUGUAACAGGAUCAUUGCCAUGGUAGCAGCUUGAGUACUAUUACCGGUAUCUUGCUAAUGAUGUUGCCAUACCGGUAUGGAGGCUUCCAACGUCCUGUAGAGUUCCAAUAAGCCAUCAGGCUGUCAAAGACUUGAGUCGGUCUGUACCGGUACCAGGUACCGGAACAUGUAAUCUUUAAAAGCUUUUUAAAAUAAUUAAUAUGGC